UCUAAUUACCAAAAACCCUGUCACUCUGCCUCCACCAUGCUCUCCGCUCUUCCUCCCUCCGACCACCUUCUCGGAAACCCAUUCUCCGCCUUCGCCGGCGGUUUCACUCAGUGGGAUUGCCACGACCUCUUCUCCGCCGGCGGCGCCCUCAAACCCACCAAUCCCAAACCCGUAUAUUCGACUUCCGGUUCAGACGAACCGGACCAAACCCAUGGCGAACCGAAACCGGUCCCCGACGAACCGAAUCAACGUGCUGAGUCGGUCAUGGACGAGCGAAAGCGGCGACGCAUGAUAUCGAACCGGGAAUCCGCCCGGAGGUCGCGGAUGCGGAAACAGAGGCACCUUGAGAACCUACGGAACCAGUUGAACAAGUGUAGGAUCGAAAAACGUGAACUGAACAACCGGUUGCAGUUCAUCCUGUACCACUGUAACCGCGUACAAACCGAAAACGAAUGGCUCCGGUCCGAGCGAACCGUGCUCAGUCAAAAACUGUCCAACUUCACUCAAAUUUUGGUUUUCCAACCUUUCUCCUCUGCAUGGACCUGCAAUAGUACUACGGUCAUGACAGAAUAAACCGUCUUUAUUAACCAAGUAAAUUAAUUAUAAUAUGAUCUCGGUUAAAAUCCUAAGGCAAGAACUUGUCUAAGUUGUCGUAAUUUGUCUAUGUAAAUGAUUAAAAGUAGUUAAAAAAAAGGGUGGGGGUUUUCGGUACUAUUUUUGGGGCAAAAUAGGAUCGGUUUUGGAAAACAUUGUUGGUUUUUUUCAAAACCAUAUGGGUUAUAUAUUAUCGAUAAUAAUUAUAUUUCUGUAAAA